AUUCUUAAUACCUUUUAACGAUAAACGCGAGUAUUCGAGAUAGGCGACGUAGAAGAGCACGCAUAUGGCUAUUGCCAUCGGCCAACCAACCACCAACUAUCUACGGCAUUGUCAAGCUCACUGGCAGAACCGUCUGCGAGUGCAGCACCGAAAUACGAAUAACGAAUACUAAUAAGUAGUGUAUAAGCCGCGGCGAGGCGCACAACAGCCAUCUGACUUCCGUGUAUACCACUUAGGGCUCCCAUUUUAUUAGAUUUAAUAUUUCGUUGGCGAGUGUUAUUUUAUUUACUAUUGACGAGGAAAACAAGAGAUGGCUUCCUUGGUGGCGGAUUAUGGCACUUCCUCGGGCUCUGAAAGCGACAGGGACGAACCAUCGGAUUCCGGAUCUUCCAAGGAUGAAGCAGAAGAGGAAGAAAAUAUUGAAAAUGAAGACGAUGAUAACCAGAAAGAUACUGCUUCCAAUAAAAAGCUUCCAUUACCCACGCCAGACUUCAAUGGUACACCCACCAUGAAAACUUCAGUCUUCACCAAUCCCUUUGUAGAAGCUGAAAAAGCUAAAAGUGCUAUUCUUGAAAAGCACGUUAAAAUGACUCCUACUUUAGAUGAUACAAAAAUGAUCAAUGGUAGAAAAAUCUGUUGGAAUUAUCGUAAGGGUCGGUGUCGUUUUGGUCACAACUGUACUUUUGCACACGAUUCUGAUUUACAUCGUUCAGCUGCAGAAUUAGAAGCUAUUCGUACACCACAGGAAACUGUCAUAUGUCAGACACAGUAUCAUAAACAAGUAGGAGUAAAUGAUGAUGAAGAAGUAGAUCAAGAAAACAAUCAAAUGUAUAAGCGUAAGAAGAGACCAGGUCUAAGCCAAAAUCUAGUACCUGGUAAAAAAGUUUUAAAAUUGUAUAAAGCACAACAAGCCAAGACAAUUAGCAGAUAAAUUUUAAGAUAAAUUUUUAGUUUCUUAAUUAUCGUUU